UCGAAAGAUACACAAACAGUGGAGCACUAGAAACACUCAACGUUUCCUCAUCCCGAUAUUUUACAAUUUUUAUCACUCAAGUCGAAGGACAGGUGACAGAUCACAUAAGAUAUGACCCUGAAAGGAGCUGCAGCUGUGUUUUUGACCUCUCUUCUUGCCCUUCCUAUAUCGUAUACCUUGGACUCUGUGUCCCAUACAAAGAGUCAAGGCCUGAUAUUUCUUUCUAGUUUUGCAUCAUGCUUGGCUGUUGCAAUUGCACCAUGGCUGAUACUGAGAAACAGGUUGCAGAAAAUGGAUCCUUUCUUUUACGCCCUGAGUUUGCUAACAUACAGAUCGGUUCAGAGCUUGGUCAUUGCUUUGGAGAAUGAUGGACUCAUUGCACAAUUCAUGGGAUUCUAUUUGAGAGAAGGAGAACCGUACUUAAAGACUGCACACGGCACUAUGGUGUCAUAUUGGGAUGGUAUAAUUCAUUACAGUUUGUAUUUGAUGAUUCUGGCUGCUGUAUCAUGGAAUCAAAGUUUCUAUGAUGUGGGGCUCUAUUGGUUUGGUUCCUAUGGCAACGGCAGUCUGAUCCUUGUGCUCGGAGUGUUUAUGGGAAAAGAUGGAAUAAGAUCACCUCUUUUCUUGCAUUUGCCUUUAGUAGCUUUGUCGCUAUGGGCAGCUGUGAGAUUUAUCAAUGAGAAACGCCAAGAAUGUAAAACGCUGCAAGCACAGCUAAAGGAAAAUGAUGAUUCUGAUGGUAUUGCUGUCAGCAUUUGGAAAAGACCAGUUGACCUCUGCUUUAUCAUAUUCUUCAUCCUCGCUGCUGUGCUGGCUGUUUUCAGAUUUAUCGCUGCUUUUGGAGGAAGCUGUGACCUUAUCAAGCAGUACACAGAUAAAGUGGAGCCAUAUCUUGCUGAUCCUUUGCCCUACUCAAAAGCUCAGUGCAUGGUCCACAUGCUUUAUUUCAUCCCAUACUACGGACUCAACAUUUACGGCUUACUGUGGCCAGGUCAAGCUUGGAUGCCCAUUUGGUCACUAGUCUUUGCAGGUGCUGCAGGGCAGGGCCAAGUGUCAUAUAUUGGCUCAUCAUUCCACUACAGGACUCCUUAUAUACACAGAGUGCCUCAGACUGCCUUUGCUCGCAGCAUCUUUUGGCUUGUCAAUGGUGCCAUGUUAGUUGUGCCUCAUCUCGUAGCCUAUAGAUGUCAGAGCAAUUGGCAGUUCUUUCUUAUGGACUCACAGACGGAAAAAGUGGAGGAUGUGUCGAACUCACCCAGCAAUGGAAGUGUUUCUGGGAAGAAUGUUUCCAAGAAAAACGAGUAAACCUGUUCAGUAUUCCACUUUUAUUUCUAGGACAUGAAAUUCAUUGGUUUUUGUUUACAUUUAGAAGUGCAGGAUUCUUUUGAGAGUGACUUGUUUUCAAACAGCAGACUACAACUUAAAAUUGACUCUAGCUGAAAGAUCAUGAGAUGUGAUAGAGUUUUUUUUUUUUUUGGUCUGUGUGCAUUCUGUUCAAAUUGAAUGAAAGGUUGGACACAAAAAAAGCAAUGAAUUGAAUUAAAGUAAUAUUUAUCUUUGUCUCCUUUUCUAUCAUCCUUAACUGCAAAGUCCAUUGUAAUUUCUUGCAUUUGUAUUUAUUUCUAUUUAUUUGUUUUCCUACUUAAAGGAAACUUAAUUUUGUGAUGAGCAUGAUUUGCUGUUGUCUUUUACUAUUUCAUUAAAAUUGACUCAGCGUGUUCGGGUCUCUAGGUUAUGAUAUCAGAUCUGCUCUGUCGAAACCGAAAGAGGUGAGGGAAGUUGAAGCGUCUUUUUGAAAACCAGCAAGAUGAUAGCAAUAGCAGGAUUUCUCUGUUCUUGAUAGUGUGGAUGAUAUGACUUGAAGAGCUUUACCUUUUUAAUUCUGCAUUGUUCAUGCUUUUCUUUGUCUGUGUUAAGUCAUUUCAGCGUUCAAUGCUUCUGUUUCUUUUCUUAACUCGAUUCUGGGCACAAGAUGUUAGAUUUUUUUUGUAACAAGCGUUACAUUUUUUUACAAGCACAGUCGAACCUGCCUUAAAGGAAACCUGUGUAAA